CAGAACCCUCGAGAUCUGUCGCGGAAUAAACGUAAAUUUGCGCGCCUUAGGGGAAUGCUCAGAACCUGAUUGCGAGCGACCUGCAGUGGCAAAAUGAUUCAUCGAAUCUCGGCAGAAGACUUGAUUCUUCAGAGAAGCGCGAGUCAGCUGGACGACAGUUGUUCGAUAGCCAGCUCCUUCACCCUUCAAGACCGCGUGGAAGCAAUACAGCAAUCAAGCGAGGAAUUUCACGAGAUGGUCAAAAAAGAAAUGAGGGAAAAAGGUGUUGAUAGAAGUCAGGCAAUGGACUUAGUUCGCCUUCAGAGACUUAUAGAUGUGUGCGACACUAAAGAAAACACAGCACUCUAUCUAUUACAGGAUUGGAAUUAUGAGCCUCAGGUUUGCAGAUUUCUCAGGCUUCUGAGCAGCUCUGGGGUGAAUUUAAAAGAUGUGGUAGAUUUCCUUCACAAUACACCAUUACACAUAGCCGCUACGAAGAAUUUCAUCUCCCUCUCCAAGCUUUUGAUCGACAGCUAUCCCUGCAUGCUCAUGGCCAUAAAUGGUCAGGGCGAGAUGCCGGUUGAAACAGCAAUAAGACACAGUCAAGACGACGUGGCAGCGUUCCUUAUAAGGAGAAUGGAUCACAGGAGAGUCAGAAACUUGUUCAAAGCCAAGAAGGAAAGAAACGCUGCGAUAAGUUUGGUGAAAUUAACCGAGGAGUUCGGGAUGCAGAAAACAAUCGUAGCCUUGUUGGAUUGUCUUGUUUCUCCCCGAUGGCCACACCCACCUUGUUUACCAUCAGAUAUUGUGCCGUGUCUGUCUUGGGAACAUCUACAGGACAAGCCAACUCACUUUCACGUGACUUAUGAUAUCUUGGAAAGUGACGUCAAUGGAAGAUUCCCGGAUGAUCCAGAUUACGAGUAUACACCAAAGUCUUUUUACUACAACUUGACGAAGCACUUCCAACAAAAUCUAAAUAAGGAAAUUUUAAAUCACGUUGUGAUUAAGUUGCUGACGAAACGAAAGUGGGAAAAGUAUGCCGCGUUUUGGUUCAGGGUUAGAUUUUUCAAUUAUGUGGUUUUCCUGGCGGUUCUUUCUGCGUCCUUCAUGAGUGCUGCAACGUCAGACGACCCACUGGAUUAUAAGAGUUCUCCUGGCAGAAGAACGACGGAGAUCUUAGUAACUUUGAUGACAUUAUGGUUCAUAGCUGAUGAAAUAUCCGAGCUCAAGCGAGAACCACUGGCCUACGCCAAAGACGUCUUCAACUACCUGGAUCUGUCUGGAUACUUCUUAAUCGCGGCGACGUUUGUUUUCCGAUAUCUCGGAAGUGAUGCGCAAUGGAUCUUAGGUUCUUUGGCAAUAAUUAUCAACUUUUGUGGAAUAUUUAAAUACUCAGUUGGGGACAGGUACAUUGGUCUUUAUAUAAAAUGUCUCGGCAUGGUCAUCUACAAAGAUAUUCCAAGGUUUCUCGUCGUGUUCACCAUCAUCCUGGUUGCGUUUUCAAUCUCAUUUUUCACAGCACUUAAGGCUGGCGACUUUAAUCUCGGAAGUGCACUGGGCAGCGAAUAUUCACUGUGUAAAGAAGACGUAGGAUGUGUGAUGUUAGCUGGUUUAAAAACAUGGCUAGAGGGGUCCUCCGUUGUUCGUAGCUUGUCAACUGCUGGUUGGCUGGGAGCGAUACUGGCAAUAUUUUUCAUGUUGAGUGUUGUCAUCAUUCUUCUCAACGUGCUGAUCGCUCAGCUCUCGUUGACGUACGAGAUGGUCCAAGAAGAGUCACUUCUCUCUUUCUCUGUGCUACGAAUGCAGUCCGUGGCGACUAUUGAGUGGCAGAGCCGCUUUAAAUACUGGAACCUUAGAAAGAAGUAUUAUGUACCUGGGGAAAUCAAGAGCAGAGAGGAAGUUGAAGAAAUGAUGAAACAGUAUCGGGAGAGCACAAAUCCGACAUCACCCAGGGACGAUGAAAAGUGACACGCUGAAGACGCUAAGCAAAGUCAACGUUUUUUAUGAAGGCCCCAUUGUAAAUAACAAUAUAUUCACCCCAGUACUAGAAGAAACCAGAUCGAUCCGACACUAGUAAUCUGACUUUUCUUGUGCAAAAAAAAAACAAUUGCAAUGGUUCAUUAGCAUUUCACUUUACAGAGUUGAGGGUAAUCUGUGAAAGGAAUCAAUCAAUUAAUUUAGUUUAGCUUCGCUCUGCGCUUGGCCAGUCGUGAUAAUUAUUCUCCUGUUCAAUCAGAAAUUAAAGUUACUAAAAUCACGACUCGGCCACCCAUGCCCUCCGGCAACCGAGGACGCGUUUUUUUUCUUUUUUUUGCACCAAGCUCUCGUGAUGGCUUUCUGUUUUGCUUAAUUUAGUCUGGACAGGCAGACUUUAGACUUUAGUGGCAAUGUCAAAGAUAACUUUUUUUUUUUAAUUUACUAUCUUUAUUUAAGUCAUGCGUCUAAACCUCCACAAAAAAGCCUCUUCACUGUUCGAGCUUGUCAGCCGGAACAAAUGGAUAACGACCUGGAAACACGUUCUCAAAACUGUUCAUUUGCUUACAGUAUGGCACAAAUCCCCAAGAAUUUUAAAGUUUUCUCUUAGUAAGCGUUGUGAAAUAAUUAAGUGGACUUAAAUGAUAACUGUAGUUGUAAUUUCAGCCACACGUGGGAGGGAGAUCACUUCCUUCCGACGCAAAACAUUAAAUUUUAUCUCUUCCUCUGGGCAUGUUUACUUUUUAAAUGAUUUUUAGGAUCAGAUGAUCUUGACAUUAAAGGACGGGAUAUUGUUAUAAUUAA